GUCAAAUACGAGGAAUUUGACAAGCACAGAGAGAGAGAGAGAGAGAGGUCUUCGUUCCGGCUAUUACAUACUCAAAUCAAAAGCUUUUUAUUUAUUUAUUUUUUAAAAUUUCUUUAAAAUUAUUCGCAGCGAUGGGUAAGGCAUCGGCAUCGUCAUCGUCGUCGUCGAGGACGAGGAGCGAGACCAACAAAAGUAGUAAAACGCACCGUACUACUACAUCAACAUCUACAUCUACAUGUACAGUGUGGUUUGAGCUGAUAAACGAUGACGUAUUGCAGAAGAUUCUAGAGAAGCUACCGGCGUUAUCGUUCGCAUCGGCGGCGUGCGUUAGCAAAACCUGGAACCAACUCUGCAAUCGCAUCCUCUCUCGCCCUAAGAUCUCUUCUGCUCUCUCUCUCAACCCUUCCCCUCAUAUUGCUGUACAAGAGGUUUUUGAUAAGGUGCUGUCGAGGCCGAUUCGACCGCAUUUCGCUAUAGCAAAUAUUGGCAGCAGAUUCAGACUCUUUGAGGCCUUUGGCUUUUGGCUUAUAACAAAAAGAUUGGGAUCAAAUACUCCGUUUAUUAUUUCUGUUGCUGGUGGAAUAAUUGGAAGGGAUGCUCUUACCAAUGAAUUUAAAGAGGUCAUGUGGGGAGAUAUUACUAGUGAUUCAGAUGAUGAAGUUGGUGAGUAUAUAGAAGAUAUAAAUGAUGGCAUUGUUUUGACAGUAGGUUAUGUACCAGGAUUAAAAGUUGAGGCUAUGCCUAAGGCUACCCCACUUCUACGAAUAGUAAAGGAACCUCAAGUGGCAAUGUUUGACAAGUUUGUGAAGGAUAUUAAGGAUUUCAAAGCUUCUGUUUCGCGUUGUAUAUCCCCAGCUGGGAUCAUAAUGUCUGGAGAAGGACCUGUGGACUUGAAACCUGUUAUUGAUUUGUUGGCGUGUUAGCUAGGAGGCCUUUAUUAGAGAGAGGAUUGUGUUGAAGAGCUGGUAAUGGCAAUUCAAUAGGGAUAUGGAAGGAUCACAAUGCUAAAGUUUUGAAUCUCAUUGAUAGGGAUGUGCGAUGGUGGAAUGUUGGAUCUUAUUCGUCAUCAGGAGGAUGAAUCUCCAGUUCAUACACUCAGGUUCUGUGCAGUGGCAGAUGCUGUUUGUUAUCUCUACAAUAAAAUUUCAGAUAUGUGAGCGUGAUUAUGGUGAUGUGCGAGAAUUAUUUGAUGAUCUGAUACAAAGAUUAACCAAGGAAGAUUUUGACCUGUUCGCAAUUACAGCUUGGCAUAUUUUGGUUCAACAGCAGUAGCUAUUUUUCUUGGUGAACAAUUUGGAGAUCCUUCAAUGAUGGUUCAAGAUAGUGUGAAGCUGUUGCAGGACUUAGCUGCUAGUUAAUCUUCUUGGGCUCCCUCAGUUAUGGCUGAUUUGAUUGCAGACCAGAUCAGAUGGAUACCUCUAACUUUAGGCAGACAAACCAAAUUGGGCUCUACAUUAUAAGGCUUUGGAUUUAAUGGGUCUUGCUAUUUUUAUGAGAUAAGAUUCCCUCCCAUCGAAUCUUUCGAUUCCCUCCAAUUUUUAUUUAGACUUAAGAUAUGUGGUAUUUAAAAAUUAAAUAAAAAACUUGUGUGGCACAUCCAGCUAGAAAUGAGAGGUUUUCGGAAGAUUCCCGGGGGUAGGGUGAAAGGUGCUAAAAGUUCAGGUCGCCACUACUUGCCUCAUGCCUGGAUUCUUUUGUGUAUUGGUGCGUUGGAAACUAUCGGGUUUUAUGUGGACAUUGGUAUCUUUGAUGUAGAAAUUGAAUAGGAUGAUAGCAAAUCCAUGCCUGUUGUGGAUGGAUCUUCCUUUGCAACCUAGGGCUGUUUGUUGGAGGAAAUAAAAGAGCUAAUGGAGCAACCUUGGUCUUG